AUGUCCUGUCAUAUAUGUGUGAACUGUGGUGUUCAAUAUCCGUUGGCAUCAUCUCCACCCUCGCAUUGUUUGAUUUGUGAAGAUGAACGACAUUAUGUCGAUAAGAACGGUCAGAAAUGGACGACACGAGAGGAAAUUUUGGGCAAAUAUGAAAAUAAAAUUCAGUGCGAAGAAGAUGGGUUAUAUUCAAUUCGUACCGAGCCACACUUUGGAAUUGGUCAACGUGCAUUUUUAGUACAAACAUCACAUGGAAAUAUUCUAUGGGAUUGCAUCUCGUAUCUCGAUCAAAAAACUAUCGACUUUAUUAAUGGAUUGGGUGGUCUUACUGCAAUUGCCAUUUCUCAUCCCCAUUUUUUUACCACUAUGAUAGAUUGGAGUCAUGCAUUUGGUGACGUGCCUAUCUAUCUUCAUCAGGACAUGAAAAACUGGGUAGUACGACCUGAUAAAUGCAUUCACUUUUGGAAUGGUGAGACGAAAGAUUUAUUCGAUGGCAAAUUGAAACUUAUUCAUACAGGCGGACACUUCGACGGUUCACAAGCAUUGUAUUGGCCAGACGGAGCAUCUCAACGUGGUGUAUUACUAAGUGGUGAUGAGCCUCAAGUUUGUAUGGAUCCAGAACAAGUUACAUUUAUGCACAGCUUUCUAAAUUAUAUUCCGCUCAAUGAAAACAAAAUCAGACGAAUCAUGAAAAAUUUGCAACUUGUUAACUACGAUAGACUGUAUGAUGCUUUCAUUAUUUAUGGUACAGAUGGAGUAAUUCUCGAGAAAGCACAACAGAUUGUUCAACGAUCAGGUGAACGAUAUUUAAAGGCUAUCACAAAAGAUUCUAACUAA